AUGUUCCUUGUCGAUAUAAAACUGAACGCCAAAACGAGAAAAAUUCUUUCGACAUUUUUAACAUUCAUGAACUUAUUGGCAGUGCUCGAAGCCAAAACGGUUUUGCUAUGUGGAGUCUACUUGCACAUAAAGCACGCCGAACUCUCUGACGUCAUAGGAGAUGGAUUUGCUCUGAAGGCUCUGCCGAUUUUAGCGGAGGUGAUGGGUGUGAUGGGGUUGUGCAUCAGUUCAUUCGCCGUCUACGUCCUCUUCCGGUGUCGAAUCGAAUCAUAUCGGAGGAGAAAGUCCCUUAUACCCACCAUCGCCACAAAUCUACUCGUUUUGCUGGCGUUCACUUGGUUAGCUCUGGUGAUUUUGACCAUGAACGUCUUUUCUUUCCAAGGUGAUUCGAGAACCGACAUAUUAGGAUUGAGACUGGAAUAUAUUUUUGAGGGCGUUAUAAGAGAAGCCAUGAGAUUAUACAAAAAAGACGUUGUCGUCAAAUCCGCCAUCGACCGGAUGCAGAUGAAACUGGAAUGCUGUGGCGAGGACCUAUACACUGACUGGCUUCAAUUAGCCUGGGUCAAUGAAAAGUAUCUGAGUUCGGAAGAAAACUCAAAUUCUUUCACAGGAAGUUUGAAUUACGAGAGAGCAGGUUAUGAACUUCAGGGAGUUCCAUUCAGCUGCUGCGAUCUCAACUCCAACAAGCCAUGCCACUACAGAGAUAUUAGGUCGGAGCCGUUUUUCCAAAAGCACGAAGAUAAAACAUUCACCAUCCACGCCAAGGGGUGCAAAUCAGCCAUCAAUGCUUACAUGUUAGAAACAAUAAAAGUAUUUGGCUUGGUCGCCAUCACAAACGUUGUUUUCAAUUUCUCAGCGGCCAUCUCGUCCAGAUUUUUGAUCUACGCCACAUUCAUCGACGAUCCAACUCUUUCAUCGGCUGACGGUUCAACACUGACAAGCGCUAAAAAUUUUUCUCCAUAUUCUUCAAAACCGACGACAUUUCUAGAAAUGUCUAUUCGAAAAACACCUUCAAAUAGUCGACCAACGAGUCCUAAUGCGAUCGAAACAUCUGCUACUAGGUUCCUAAACAACCAGAGUACCAUUCCAUUAACGCCAUCACCAAAUUCGCCAGCAGAAUCUCUUGUUAAAAAUUUUGGUAGUCCCAAUCCAUUUUUCGGAACAUCGACUGAACCCUUAAAAAAUAUUCAGAAAAAUGUAGGAGCGAAUACAUGCCGACUACAAAGUCCUCUGCAUUCUCCUAACAAUAUUUUGAACACUGCAAUGUUGUCAUCACCAACAACCUACAUGAACUACCCUCCAAGACAGACUGCCACUGUAUAUCAAGCACGUUCAACUGCCCCCCCUAGUGCUUUCAAUCAAAAUUUUUUCCCUCUACUGUCAGCCUUGCCAAAUUAUUAUUGCCAGAUGACUUCACCUUAUCAGUCGACUCCGCAAAGUUCUAAAAGAAAAGAACUGUUAAGUUUGUGUCCAGACAAUUCAACUAGUCCGUACAGUUCUUUGAGGUCAGUGUCACCAGAAUUCGUGGCAGACGAUGUUUGUACAAUUGAUAGCGCACGAUUGAAUCGUUCCAAACAGAUAUGUGAAGCCAACUGCGGAACUUGCAAUAUAUGCAGGUUUAACUACGGAAAUAAAACUGAUAAUAAACCUCUUUGUUUUGGUUCAGAAGACAAAUCUUCUGUUAUGUUGCAGUCAAAUAAACGCGACGAAGCAACUCGACCACCGAUCGCUAACGUUCUAGAACAAAGUAGUCAACAGCUUUUUCCUCAAUAUCAACAACCUCUAUUUAAUGCUAAACCUUUAACUGAAAUCUCUUCAAAUGCAAAUUUCUUUCCACCAUUUCAACCACUGAAUAACGCAACGACUCAUCCCACACAACAUAAUUUGCAGCAGCAACCGCAAACGCAACGAUCAAACGUAGUUUCACUUAACGGUGCAAAUAUAAGCAAUUUUCAAAAUUCUCCAAGCUUUACGGAGCAACCAUUCAAUCAGAUAAAUCUUGCUAGAGCAAAUAUGAAAAACCCAAGUAUGUCAAACUUAGCAUCAAACAGUUAUUAUCAAUUUCAGGAUUUUGCGUUGCCAUCUUCACCAUUGAGAAGACCGCAGAUUCAACCGUCCGGAACUGUAAAUCAAGUUUAUUCAGCGCCAAAUUUAACAUUUUUCAAUCCAACAAAUGUAUCGCCCUUUAAACUAAUUGGUCCACGAGUUGAGAACAUGCCGUCACAAACCAAAAUCAACAACCAGGCUUUUAUAUCGCAACAAGAGCGACAACUUAUAACACAGGAGCCAAGACAAUUUUUACCUUCGAGACCUCUUCCACCUUUGCCUAAAAUUGAAUCUUUCCAAAUUUCCAAACCACUAAGUUCCGUUCAAGUUCAAAGUUUUACGUGGAAACAGCCGUCCACAACGUUAGCGGCUGCAGCGGAAAAUAGUUUGAGCCCAAAGUUAGAGUUACCUUCUAGAAACGUUAGGCCGGGUCAGAAAAUGACGAACAACAUCUUCAUGCAGCAGCUGUUGUCACCUAACAGGCUAAGAUUACCUUCAAUUCCCGAACAAAAUCUGACGAAACAAAAUUUAGUUACACCUGAUACAACUUUUUCAUCCAGCCAACCUGGACAAACUCAAACAAUAUCUACAUCCACAGUCAAACAGUUAGUAGGUCUUACAUCAAGCGUUACACCUUUAAAUAAACCACUGUUGCCAUUACGACAGCCACUACUGCCUCCUCCACGGCCAGCCGCUCCUAAAACUAACAUUUACGCAAAUAUUGAAAUGAAGACACCAAGCGCUAUUAACGUAGAAUAUAACAGAGAAUCAGUUAUCAUGUCUGAAAUUUUAAGUUUACCUGAUCUAUGCGAAACUGAAGUUUCUUCAGAUGUCACUAAGGGCAAUGUUUUAACGAAAGUUUUGACUACCGCCACCACUACUACUGGUGUUACUACUACUACUACUGCUACUACUACUACUACUAUUAUUUCUACUACUACUGCAGCGAUGACUACCUUCAGUAACGUUUCGACUACAGCAAGGUUAUUACCACUAAAUGCGACAACGACUGCCAGUUUAACAACUCAAACUACAGUUAAACCCCUUCCGUUUGCAACGUCGUCCAGAUUUUUUUCACAGAAAAUCGACCGUGCCCCAUCUGAUAUAUACACAACUAUAAAAUCCCCAAGAUUUUCAAACUUUGGUACCUACCAAAAUAAAUUCAGGAUGCCGACAGGUAGCGCAAAUAGAACAAAUGUUACUGACAUAGCACCACCAAUUUUUACCAGCCCUCACACAGAUGUCAGCGCAGGAUUGAGACAUCCUACAAUUCAAACGUCAUUUUAUGAAAAUAUCAUGCCUCUACCUAUAUUGAAGCAAGGAAUGAAAACAACAUCUGAGGUUCCUAGAGUUUGUUUUCAAAACCCGAUUAGUAGAAGUUUUAGCCUAUCGCCAAUACAAAGUUAUUCUGUUCAUAGGAAUAUGUCAAAUGCACCAAAAAACAUGACAGUUAAUCAGUCAACGUUUCGUCAGUCUAAUUACAAUGCUUCAAAUGUAACUCAUGAAGAUUUGUUAAAUGAUGCGACAACAAAAAUAAAAUCUGAAAUAAUGGUUAAUAAUAAUUCCAAUGGUUGUGUUAAAUGUAAAGACAUCCGCUUAAAAUUGAUAAACAAAAAUAAUAAUAGAUCAAGCUCUAACACAGUUUUUAACAUUCCUGCAAUAUUUUUAACAGAUAACAAGACUUCUGAAAACAAUCCUAAUGUGAAUAAUCACAUUUACAAAAACUAUGCCAGCAAAAUUGCACACAAAACAAAUCGUAAUAAGUUCAAAGUUUCUAAAAAAGUUAGUACGGUGAACAAACAUGUUUCAUCUGUACGUAAUCUCAAUAAUCUUACAGAUUCGUUAAAAGUUCCUAAUAAAAAGUGCACAACAGUCCUGAUGGCUAAAAAUAAAAAACACAUGAAACGCUCAAAAGUAAAAAUAAAAAAAUCUGGAUUGCAAACAAAUUCAAAAAUGUCAAUUGAAAUUACAAGCAAGGAAAACUGUCUCAGAAAAGUCGGUGACAAAUUUGAACGUCACUCUGAUAAAAGUUUUAAUCAUCUUCACACUCCUGUGCUUUCAUCAUUUUCUACAACUGAAAGUCUACCAAAAAGUAUUGACCAAAUAGACAAACCCGAAAUAUGCAUUAAAACAACUCAAGAAAUAAAAUUAAAAUUAAAUAAAAUUAGUGUAAACGCUAACGGCGACGACCUUGUAAAAUUUAUACCAACAGUUUGCAUCACAAAAUGUCAACGCUGCGAAACAGACCACGACGGUGUGGAGUGUACUGAAGAAAACGUGGCUUCAAUUGAGCUGACAAAAAUGAUGGAAGGAAAAAAAAGUCAUUAUUUAAUAGGUGACAAGCUGGUAUGUAAUAAUAACAAAAAUCGCAAUAGCAACAACAACAAUAAUGAAACCCGUAAUUUUUUAAAUUUAGUUGGAUGCUUCGACAUUGCAUCAUUGGGCUGUCAGACAUCAACGUCUAAAAAUAUCAAAUAUAUAGCUGAGUUGUCAAACAACACUUUGAACGACGCCUCGCAAAGUUUGAAAAUAAGUUCUCCUCACUGCCUUCCCCGGAAGUCUUUCCACAAACUAAGACGUCAUAAAACACCGGUCCAUGUCGACCAGCCGCAGAUUAUUGUUCAUGAGCAAAAUGAUUCAGCUAAUAUUUGUCAGAUGUUGAGCCAACUGCAAUAUAACCGUAGUACAAAUGCUCAUUUCAACCACAAUAAAUCACAAAAUUACACUUUCGAUAAUCAAAAUGAUAAUCAAAAAUCUCUAAGUAACUACACAAAAUUCACAGACAGCGUAUCAGACGAAAGCGAAAUUUUAAAACUUCUCGCAAAGGGACUGAGCGGUCCAACGGGCGCUGGAGAAGGCCUCCCUACAGAACGUGACUCACUCGAUAAAAUUAUUGAAUAUUUAGGCGGGUACUCAUUAAAUGACUUGGCCAGUUCAUCUUCAUACUCAUUAAGCGAAUAUACAAAAGGCUGCUCAGACAUUUUGCAUUCUUCCUCUAUGUACUUUUACAAUCUUUUAACCAAUAAAUAUCCGUGGCUCAGAAGUCGAUUAAGUCACAGCGAUUAUUGUAAUAGUCUUCUGAAUAGAGGCUUACUUUCUGCACAAAGGUACGAUACAUGUGCUGGAACAAUACUUAACGACUAUUUAAUUCCAAGAAAUAUUAGUUAUUUGGAUCCGAACAACCAACGCCAGGAUUUCCGACCUAUCUCCGCGUUCACUCCCUUGCAUCACUCUAUUAUACACAACAAUCCUCUGCUGUCAGUUAGCAAAAUAUAUUCUCCUCUAACUAGAAGCGAUUCAAUAUGCACGGGCAUUAGGACAUCCACCCGAUAUAAUCGCUUCUUGGAUACGUCAUCUCUUUGCUCGUUCAAAUAUGAGAAAUCAUGCAACGGCAUUCCAACUAUUUAUACACCGUCAAAAAAACCUGAACUCAAUCUCCACUCACCAUCAUCAUGCCCCUCAAAAUGUUCCAAAUGUAAUCACAAAUGUUCCAAAUGUAAUUUAAAAUGCACAAACCACAUGUGCUCUAAUUGCAGAUGCAAUCGGUGCUGUCAGUGCGAUCGGUGCUGUCGGUGCGAUCGGUGCUGUCAGUGCGGCUGCUGUUGCAGAAAUGAACCAAACGCCGGCUUUAUUAGAUCUCUCAGAAUUAAAAAAAUUAAUAAACCGCGUUCCCUUGUUUGUGAAUCUGUGACAGAUAUUAUUCCGUUAGAUGAUGUACCAGAUAUAGAAUUAUCAUCAAAUGACGAAGAAAUAAUUGAAGAAUAUUCCACUGGAGAUGGGGACAUUCUACUGGAAUUGAACCAAUAUUGUCCGCUAGAUCAAGCUUAUAUUGAUUUAGACAGAUAUCCAUCGGCGGGUGAUGGUCAAUUAAAUUACAAAACUCGUCUUCCGCCAAAAAACAAUCGCAAAGCAAUUCGAGAACCAACGUUGAGUGAUGAAUCCGAGUCGGAGUAUGCUUACGAUAAGUCAAAAGCUAUGAUUUUAAAAAAAAUGACUGAACAAUUGAUAAAAAAUUCUAAAAAAAUUCGUAAACGGCUUAUUAAAUUACCUAAAGUUAAAAAAAGUCAGUUAAAAAAUAGAAAACAAGUCGAUGCAAAAGAAAAUUAUCCUUUUAUGCCCAUCCACCAAUCGUAUGAAAAAAUUUUUCUGAAAGAAAAAGCCUAUCUAGAACAAAGGAAAGAGUUGAAACAAUUAUUUGGUGAAUCUUUUGUGACCAAAUGGAACAAUCCAGAAACCGUGGUUCGACAGUGUUCUUGCACUGGCUUGACGCACGACACUUCACCUUGUUGCGGCUACAAAAGUUUCAAAUCUAAGAAGAAAAAUUUUGACGAAAGCAACAGCAGCAGUCUUAGUUCCAUCAGUAGGCUGAAAAAUCAAAUAAAAGAAAAAAUUGCAAAAAAUAAAAUAAAAAAAAGUGAGAAAAAAAAUAGUUUGGGAAAGAAAAAUAACCCUUAUCUACCAAAAGAAAUAAAAGAAGAAACUGAAGGAAGCAGUUUAAAAAGCAGUAUUGUAAGCAGUAAUGACAGCAGUAUAAAAAGCAGUAACGAAAGCAGUGUUGAAAGCAGCAUGGAAAGCAGCAGUGGACAAACAGAUGAAUCUAAAGGCGAAAAAGACAUUGCCAACACAGACACGAUUGAAACGAACGAUGCUGGACAACAAGGUGAUCCUAAUUUGAACGGCAUAGAAAUAAAAAAAACCAUAAACAACAGCAACAAAUUGAAAAAUGUAACCGAUCAAUCCUCUCACAACAUGCCUUCAAAUUUCAAUUCCCACCAAAACAAAAAAGACAACCGUUCACAGGAAACAGUUCAUUUCAACUGCAAUAGCUUCAACGCUUCGAAAAAAACCUUUUCCAAUCACAAUGAAUGCGAUCUUAACAACAGUACAGCAGGAAAUUGUAAAUAUUGUACGACUUGUCAAGAAAGAUCAUCAAAUAAUAGAUGUUCUGAUUUCGACAAAAAUAAUUUUACUCCGAUUCCAAAACCCAGAUCUCUCUCUCCGAUGAAUAAAAUUUUGCUCACCCAACCAAGAAACAGUUCAAUUAAAAUGUGUGAGAAAUGUUGUACACCGAAUCCAAAACCAAGAACAACACAUUUCAGAAAAUCUAAAAACACAUCGACCAAUUCAAAGAUUCCUAUUCCAAGUCCAAGAAAAAUUUCAUUUCAGAUUAAAAAUAAACACAAAAUACUAGAAUUAGAUGCUACUAAAUUCGAUCAAAAAUUGGUUUCAGCUUCCGCGCCAGAUAAUUUUUGUAAAAACAAAUCUCAAAAAAAUCUUAUUCCAAAAAUUAUUGUUUCGUCAACCAAACCAGAUAAUAAAAAUUAUUGUCAUAAUCAGUUGAAGUCAAAUAAGUAUUCAGUAAAAUUAAAAAGUCAAUCCAUUCCAAAAAAUUGUUGCCAACAUUGCUGCGAAAAUAAUUAUGCUAAAAUGUCUAAAUCUUUAAAAAUGCCAACAAUUAUGGUGAACAAAAAAGUCAUUAACAACUCUGAUAACCAAAAAAAACUUGUAAAUAAUUCAACGAGGAAAAAAUUAGUUCCCUUAAAAAUUCCCAAAAUAUUUGUAUCAGGUGAUCCGUACUUUGUCGGUACUGGUAAAAAUGAGGAAUGGAAGACCAGCAAAAAAAGCGUAAAUAACGGAUGUAAUACAAAAAUAACAAUUUCCAGAAAUGUUGGACGUGGAAACAUAAACGUAGACAGUGUGGAAAACAAAAUUAGUGAUUCUCAUUCCAAAAGUGAUAACGACGCCAGCGACUCAAGCGAUGUUGACGAAGGUACUUAUCUAACAAACCACACCGAAAACAGUAACGGGACAGGUAGGAUCGAUGCUGCUGAUAAAUUAAAUUUCAGAAUGUACAAAAAAAAUAAAAAAUUUACUAAUUGCACCCGUAAAAUAAAAAUUGAGAAGCGCAAAAACAAAACCGACCACAAAAUCAUUCCUGGAAAUGAACAUAUGCAAGAAAAUUUAGAUGAAAACACCAAAUGCAGAGUUAAAAGUUUUUCAGAAAAAAAUGAAAUUAGACCAAAGGAUGAAACGCAGGCGGAUUCAAAGUUGUUGAAUAUAAGCGAGGAAAUAUUGCAAAGUUUGAUGGACAAGAGCUGUAAAACAAAUGAGACUGACGAGAUUUCAACAGAGAGCACGAUGACGUCAAGCAGCAGCAAGGACAGUUCCUCAAGCGACACGAGCAGUUUCGGAAGCUGGAGCAGCCAUCCUGCGUCGACUCAGCGACCUGGUGACACUUAUGAUCUCCUCAUCAACAUUCCACAGCAGUUCCUUCGUCCAGACACCUGUCGUCAUCAUCAUCAGCAGCACGACCAGCGGUAG